CUCAGCACCGCAUGCAGUGUAGAGUGUAAAGUAACGGUUAAGAUUGUAGGAAUUUGCUUUGCCUCCAUCGAAACACAAAUGGCAAAUCCCAGCUUCUGGACUCAAGCAAACGCGCUUCUCCGCAAGAAUCUCACAUUCCAGAAACGGAACGUCAAAACCAACGUUCAGCUGGUGCUCUUCCCGGUCAUCCUCUGCUUGCUGGUGUUCGCGCUCCAAUGCGUAAUCGACACGCAAUUCGACAAGCCCGAGUUCAAGUGCGGCUGCGUCUGCAGAAACAACCGCACUCGCUGCGCCGACUCGGAGAAGGUGUGCGGGAUACAGUAUUCGGAUCUCCUUCAGGCCGCCCUGUGUGCCAUUCCGAAACCGCCUCAGUGGCCACCGCUCUUGCAGCUUCCGGAGCCUUCCAACCGGGCCGUGCGAACCGCUUCUCUUCCCUUUUCGGAUUUCCCCGAUGCCUCCUGCCGGAUAACCGAUUCCUGUCCCCUUACUAUGCUCUUCACCGCAGAGAAUCACUCCCUUGCACAAACCGUGACUGCAAGUAUGUUUGGGAGUGCCUUGUCUAUGAGUGACUACUAUGAUAGGGAUAUUUAUGCGACCUCGGCGAUGAAUGUACUGGGAUCUGAUUCAGCGCCUGGGCAAAACAAUUUUAUUGAACCUGCUUUCUCUACGGGUCUUCCAAUUUAUUAUCUACAAAGAAAUUGCUCUGAUGCGGAGAAGUUUGGACUCUCCUUGCCGAUAGCAGACAAUGAGGUCGAACUCAAAUGUGCUCAGGCUCUAAAUUUAUGGCGCAAUAGUUCUUCUGAGAUCAACAGUGAGCUAUAUAAAGGUUAUUAUGGAGGUAACACAGAAGGACAAGUCAAUGAGAUAGUUUCAGCUUUUGAUUUUCUAAAUUCAAACGAGAAUAGAUAUAAUGUCAGUAUAUGGUACAACUCAACAUACGGCAGACACACAAAUGUGUUAUUGAGGAUUCCUCGCUCUAUAAAUCUGAUAUCAAAUUCCUACCUGCAGUUUCUGCUUGGACCUGGAACCAAGGUGUUAUUUGAGUUUGUAAAGGAAAUGCCAAAGCCUGAGUCAAAUUUUAGACUUGAUCUAUCUUCUCUUCUAGGCACUCUGUUUUUUACAUGGGUCGUCCUGCAACUUUUUCCUGUUGUUUUGACAUCACUAGUAUAUGAGAAGCAACAAAAAUUAAGAAUCAUGAUGAAAAUGCAUGGUCUUGGUGAUGGGCCAUAUUGGAUGAUUUCAUAUGGUUAUUUUCUUGCCAUAUCAGUAACCUACAUGUUGUGUUUUGUGAUAUUUGGUUCACUUUUAGGAUUAAAAAUCUUCACAAUCAAUGACUACAGCACCCAAUUCGUGUUUUAUUUCAUAUAUAUCAACUUACAAAUUGCACUGGCAUUUUUGGUGUCUUCCAUAUUUUCAAAUGUUAAGACAGCUACAGUAACUGCAUAUAUAGGUGUCUUUGGAACCGGUUUAUUAGGUGGCUUUCUUUUCCAAUUCUUUGUUCAAAACACAUCAUUUCCAAGAGGGUGGAUUAUUGUUAUGGAGUUGUAUCCUGGGUUUGCUUUAUAUCGUGGGUUAUAUGAGUUUGCACAGUUUUCCUUUGAGGGGAGUAUUUCGGGGACUGGUGGUAUGAAGUGGCAGAAUCUCAGUGAAAGCACCAAUGGCAUGAAAGAGGUCUUAAUCAUCAUGUUGGCUGAGUGGAUAGUGAUUCUUUUUGCUGCCUUCUACAUUGAUCAAAUACUGUCGUCAGGAAGUAGAAAAAGCCCUCUUUUCUUCUUGAAAGGAUUUCAGAAAAAGACUCCUUUCCCGAAUCUUGAUACCCAAAUGCAGGUGUCAAAAGUAUUCUCUCAGAUGGAGAAACGUGAUGUUAUCCAAGAGAAGGAGAAGGUGGAGGAACUGCUACGUGAACCCACUAUUAAUCAUGCAAUUGUAUGUGACGACCUAAAAAAAGUCUAUCCAGGGAGGGAUGGAAAUCCAGAUAAAUUUGCAGUGAGAGGGUUGUUCCUUUCAGUGCCUCAAGGGGAAUGCUUUGGUAUGCUAGGUCCCAAUGGAGCUGGGAAGACCUCUUUUAUCAAUAUGAUGAUUGGUCUCACAAAGCCAACCUCGGGUGCGGCAUUUGUUCAAGGCUUGGACAUAAGAACUCAUAUGGAGGGAAUAUAUACUACCAUGGGUGUGUGCCCACAGCAUGACUUGCUGUGGGAAAGCUUGACAGGUAGAGAGCACCUACUUUUUUAUGGCAGACUUAAAAAUCUUAAAGGUUCAGUUUUGGCACAAGCAGUAGAAGAAUCUUUGAAGAGUUUAAACCUUUUUCAUGGAGGAGUUGCUGAUAAACAAGCUCGAAAAUACAGUGGAGGGAUGAAGAGGAGGCUUAGUGUUGCAAUUUCGUUGAUUGGGGAUCCCAGAGUUGUUUACAUGGAUGAACCAAGUAGCGGUUUAGACCCUGCCUCAAGAAAAAGCUUAUGGAAUGUUGUCAAGCAUGCAAAACAGAACCGUGCAAUCAUUCUCACCACACAUUCCAUGGAAGAGGCAGAAGCCUUAUGCGAUCGAUUAGGAAUAUUUGUGAAUGGUAGCUUGCAGUGCGUUGGAAAUCCAAAGGAGCUGAAGGCUAGAUAUGGAGGAACUUACGUGUUCACAAUGACAACAUCUUCGGAUCAUGAAAAAGAUGUGGAGAACAUGGUGCACCGACUCACCCCAAAUGCCAACAAGAUAUACCAUCUCUCUGGUACUCAGAAGUUUGAGCUGCCAAAAGAGGAUGUUAGAAUAGGGGAUGUAUUCCAAGCUGUUGAUGCUGCAAAGAGAAACUUCACUGUUUCUGCAUGGGGCUUAGUUGACACCACGUUGGAAGAUGUAUUCAUUAAGGUUGCACGUGACGCUAAUGCAUUUGACACAUUGUCAUAAUUGUCAUACAAAAUAAAUUGUUUAAAACCAAAUAAAUUAAUAAAUAAACUGUUACUCCAGUAAUAUUCUAGUUGUGAAAUUAGUAUAGUCGCUUGGCCUUUACAAAUGCAAGCUUUUGAGUGGAUUUCCCUGCUGAGGAUUUGCUUUGAUGAUAACAUCAAGCAUGGAUAUUGUAUAG